AUUCUUUGGGGAUCCUCAAGGCGAGGAAUAUCAGAGCCGAGCCUCUUGCAAGAGUACGCAGCCGCCAACUUGAUCGAAGUAGUUCCCGUUGGAUGGACAUGGACGGUGGCAUGGUAGCGGUGGCUUCCGGCUCCACCCCGCCUGUCGAGUCGCUAAGGCGCGGGACAAGGAAUCGCCAGCCCACGAGGAAAGCAGAAGCGCUUGUUGUCGAGGCUAACGAAGCCAAAAGGGCUGGGAGCGCAUCAAGGGAGAGCGUGCGACGCUCACUAUCCCAGGCUCCCGAGGCGCAGGACCAGAAGGGCUCCAGCGCAUCGGAAGAGGAGGCUGAUUCUGACGGAGAGGAUGAGGAAGACGAGGACGGACUCACAGGUGACGAGCGCUACUGUAUAUGCCGCGGCAAAGAUGAUGGCUCACCAAUGGUCUGGUGUGGUGGAUGUGAUGAAUGGUACCAUUUCGGCUGCGUGGGAAUUACACAAGAGGUAGCAGAGAAGCUGGCAGAGUAUAUGUGUCAGUCGUGCUACAAGUCUACAGGUCGUGUUUCCAAAAACCUUGACGGAAGUGUAUCGGAAAUUUCACGAAAGGACGUCGACGCGGCCGUUGCCAAGGGAUCGAAGCGCAAGCCCUCCGUAUCUGCCGCGCACGAAGUCGACAGCAAGAAGCGAAAGCCGUCGCUACCGUCGGCGAGCGGCAGCCACGUCAAGAAGACUGGCUCAAGUGCUGGUGCCAAAUCGCCUCCUCUGACCAAGAGUGCCCAGCAGUCCAUCGUUCCUGCUUCGCCAACGUCUUCAUCCUCCACUGCCACCCAAAAUGAUGCAGUCCGUGCCCACGUAGUGUCUCGGUUCGCCACCAUCCUUGGCCCCAUUUUUGCAAUGGCCGUCGAUGCUGAAGCUGUUGACAAUAGCGAUCAGAUGGCCAAGGAGUAUGCGAAGCAGCUGGAGCAGGGAAUUUUCGAGGGCUUCGCCGAGUCUGUCGGUAGUAGCAGCGGAUCGAAGCGGGUGGCAGUGGCUGGGAAGGGGUACAAGGAUCGAUUCCGCACAUUAGACUUCAGUCUCCGUGACAAGGGCAAUGAUGAUCUCCACGCUCGCAUCACCUCCAAUGAGCUCACGGCAAAGGAGCUGGCAACGCUGCCGAGUGAACAAUUGGCCAAUGCAUCCAUCAGAGCCAGAACUGAAAAGGCGAGACAAGACAGUCUGCACCAGAGCAUCUUGAAGCAACAACUUGGCAGCGGACCGUUGAGGAAGAUGACGCACAAAGGAGAGGUGAUCAUCGAGCACGAGGACGCAGGACCUCUUAAUGAAUCGUUUUCGAGGGUGUCGAGGAUGCAUUCGCCAGCGCCGAAGCAGGAAGGUGAUAAAGAAGGCAAACAGACCGCGUCCGUGCGAAAGGAAGGCGAACGGGCUGGACCACCCUCCCCAACCUCCUCGGAGGACAGCAAGACGGCGGGAAGCCCAAUCGCAGCAAAGGCAACGGCGAUGCUCCCUCGAUCGUCCUCUGCUGGUAGUAGGCAGCGGACAACGUCCCAACCGACCAACUUCGACUUUUCCAAUGUUUGGUCUUCAACCGCUCAACAAGGCAGCUCUGAUCAGAAGGUCGCCGAGACCAAGGAUGGCAAAGGUGAAGAUGGUGAUGACGAAGUCGCCGCGGCAGGCGGAGAGGCGCAAGAAGAGUACGAGCCUGCCAAGGCAUCCGACGACUUCAUCGACAACUUCCUGCAAGGCAUUUCGUCCCCUCAAUUGGCCGCAAAGAGUUUGCCGGCUUCAGCUGCUGUAGAGCCGACCUCUACGACUCCGACCUCGACUCCUCCUCCUCCAGAGUCUCCUAUCCUUUGGCGAGGAGCCAUCCAUAUGCCUGACGAAGCCACCAUUAGUGGUACGGUCCGCCAAGUUGCCGGCACUCCUCUUCCUCUCGGUCCAGAAGUGACAUCGCAGCUUUUCCCAUCGUUGUGCUCCGUCAUUCAGGGCCGACUGCCCACCAAGACGGCAAGUGACUAUCUUCUUCAAUCCCGUGUCGCUUCCCGCACAGAGUUGAUUGUAUUGUCGAUGCAAAAGUCCUUUGAGGAAGAGGCGUGCAAGGCUGCUCCACAGCCGACUCCCUCCACCGAGGCUACUCACAAUGCCUCCUUCGACCAGAUGAUCAAUUACUUGAGCAGAAGAGGGAGAUAUGGUGUGAUCCUGCCGGCAGCUAGUGCCAGAGGUCAUGUGAUCAAAGACUUUUACGUUGCGCCAUUGCCCAAAGAUAGCCCUCUUCCGCCAUGGCUGGGAUUGAUGAAGCCUCGGGAAUUCGUUGGCAAGGAGAACAGCAGAGAGGAAGAUCUGAUGCUCCUCGUAGCCGUCGUAUUCAAGGGCACACUGACCAACAUGCGACCCAAGGCAGCCGGUCUACCACCUGCGCUCCCCGUCGAUUUCGCUGCGCCUCCUGCGGCAGGAUUGGCUGGUCUGCUCAGCGGCGGGUCAUCGGCUCUCCAAGACUUACUCAAGGCAGUGGGUGGAGGCGGAUCAGCCGUAGUCGGCGCGGUGCCUCCUGCGUCCUCCUCUUCCUCUUCCACUCCCACUCUUCCAGCGUCAGACCCAAGAUCUCGACGCCAGCUGCGCGUCCCAAGCGGUGACUCAUCCAGUGGAUCCGGCGCAGAACAGGGUCAGGCAGCAAACGUUGCGGCUGUUCUGAAUGCCCUCGAGUCGACUUCAGAUCUCAUGCCAUCCGAGACGUCAGCAUUGGCACAAGUACCCUCGGUGGAUAUUCAGAAUGUCUUGGAGGGUAAUCCAGGGCUACUGAGCUCACUAUUGCAAUCUCUCGGCGCUGGUGGUACUCCGUCCUCUGUUCCUUCCGCGAGUGAGCCUGCAGCGACUAAUGGCAACGCAGCGAGGCCACCGGGUCCACCGCCCGGCCCUCCUCCCGGCCCGCCCCCUACUGCCCCCGUCAUCGCAAUGAAUCCUUAUGCGGCAGGUCCAGGUCCAUAUGGAGAUGCUGGGGCCUCACAAUGGGAGCAGAGGCAAGGCAUGGCUCCUCCUCACUAUGAUCCGUACGGUCAGCAGCAGCCCCAGCAAGACCCAUACGCGCCGAUGCUGCCUGGCUGGGGGCCACAGCAGGCACCACCGACUUUGACUCAGACUGGCCCUCCGGGAUGGCCGCCUCAGCGCUCUCCUCUGCCUCCACCGCCUGGCCCCCCGCCCCAACAACCACCACAGCAGCACGGUUCGGCUUUUACUGGACCGAUGAGGGGCGAUGGACCGCCGAUCCGAGGAGGCAGCUUUGGCAAAGGCAAUCAAAAGAGGCGAAGGAGGAGAAGCAGGAGUUGAGCGGGGGGAAAUCGGAGAUCAUCUACCUGUCGUGUGUGUGUCAUUGAGCGUUUCACGUCCUUGUUCAAGUCGAGUCGUUCAGUUCGAGUCGUAUUGCAUUACAACCUCCGUCUAUUAGGCUUCUGAAAGAUCAAAUAUU